UCUUCCCUUGCCCUGACGUGGGCGGCCAUAAAGUCCAUUAUAUUCCUCAUCACAAAGAGAGAGAGAAGAGAACUGGUCCGUGGAGAGGUGUUCUUGGAAGGUUCUCCCGCGUCAGGGAGUAGCUGGCGCCAUCGCCGCUACCUUCUUUAGCUAGUUAGCUAGACACACGCACAGGCGCAUACAUACACGAGAAAGAUAAAGAGAAAGAGAAAGAUUCAUUCACGGGAGGAGGAAGAAGAGAGAUGGGGGACGACCAUGGCGCCAAGCUGGUGAAGAGCCUGCGGGGCGCGGCGCAGAAGUACGUCGGCGUCGGCUUCUUCCUCGGCUUCUUCCUCGUCCUCCUCACCUACUUCACCGUCUCCGAGCAGUUCGCCAUCGCCGCGCCCAACGCUAUCCGGAGGACCUCGCCGGGGCACCCGACGCUGACCUCCCCAGCCGUGGCAGAGAAGACGGUGCAGCAGCAGCAGCUCCCGGUCAAAAAGGAGGAAGCACCUCUGCCAGAGCAUGAACAAGUACAUGAGAAGCCACCGCCUGUCGACGACGACGAGGAGCCCCACAGAGAAACAGAGGAGCCCAACUCCCAAACAGAGCACCCCAUCGAUGAGGCUAGCAAGAUCGUGACGACGGCGGAGGAGAGCGCGCCGGCGAAGAAGCCGGCGUGCGACAUCCAGGGGCCGUGGGCGUCCGACGUGUGCGACCUCGCCGGCGGCAGCGGGGGCGUGCGCAUCCACGGCUCCGCCCACACGGUGCUCGUCCCGCCCACCAUCGAGUCCGGCGGCAGCAACCCCAACCCGCAGGAGUGGCGCGUGCUGCCCUACUCCCGCAAGCACAUGUCCGGCAUCAAGGAGAUCACCGUGCGCGAGCUGGCCACGCCCGCCGACGCGCCCCGCUGCGCCGUCACCUCCCAGGUCCCCGCGCUCGUCUUCGCCAUGGGCGGCCUCACGGGGAACUACUGGCACGACUUCAGCGACGUCAUGAUCCCGCUCUACCUCCAGGCCUCCCGCUUCGACGGCGAGGUGCAGCUCGUGGUCACCAACUACCAGCGCUGGUACGCCGGCAAGUACCGCGACAUCAUCGCCCGCCUCUCCCGCUACGACGUCGUGGACAUGGACAAGGACGACCAGGUCCGCUGCUUCCCCUCCGCCGUCGUCGGCAUCCGCAUGCACAAGGAGUUCAGCAUCGACCCGGCCAAGGAGCCCACGGGCCACUCCAUGCCGGAGUUCACCAAGUUCCUCCGCAACGUCUUCGCGCUCCCGCGCGCCGCGCCCAUGCGCGUCACCGCCGGACCGAGCGACGGGAAGAAGAAGCCGAGGAUGAUGAUCAUCUCCCGGCGCCACCCGAGGAAGCUGGUGAACGUGGACGAGGUGGUGGCCCUCGCCAAGCGGAUCGGGUUCGAGGUGGUGAUCGGGGACCCGCCGUUCAACGUGGACGUCGGCGACUUCGCGCGGGAGGUGAACGCCGCCGACGUGCUCAUGGGGGUGCACGGCGCCGGCCUGACCAACUCGCUCUUCCUGCCCACGGGGGCGGUGUUCAUCCAGGUGAACCCCUUCGGCAAGAUGGAGCACAUCGGGGAGGUGGACUUCGGGACGCCGGCGGUGGACAUGGGGCUCAAGUACAUGUCCUACUCGUGCGGCAUGGAGGAGAGCACGCUGGUGGACACCCUGGGGCGCGACCACCCGGCGGUCAAGGACCCGGAGUCGAUCCACCGGAGUGGGUGGAACAAGGUGGCGGAGUUCUACCUCGGCAAGCAGGAUGUCAAGCUCGACCUCCAGAGGUUCGAGCCCGUGCUCCUCAAGGCCAUGGCCAUGCUCAGAGAGUAGCUACGCUCCCUCCCUCGGAUCGACCUUGCAGCCGACUAGCUUAGAGCAGUUUCAUUCCUUCUAAUUUAUUCCUAUUAAUUUACUUUUUUUUUGUGUGUGUGUGUGGAUGGACUGAUCAAUAGGUUUAUACGGUAUAUAUGUGCUCCAUUGGUCCAUCGGUCCACAGAGCAAUACAGAAUCUUGAUUAUA